AUGACAUUGGCUCUUAAUGAGAUCCAUGGAGGCUGAGCAGCCGGCAUAAAAGACUCGACGCUCCUGCGACUCUUGACCGCAUGCGCACAUGAGGAGCCAACACGUGAGUGGAACGUCAUGAACACAACACACGUCCUAAUCAUUCUUGGUGGCUACGUAGACCUGGACAAGUACAGAUAUGUUUACUUUGUGCUCUUGUUCACGCUCUAUGUUCUCAUCCUGUGCUCUAAUUGCGCCAUUAUUUGUGUCAUUUGGAUUCACAGGAGCCUUCACGAGCCCAUGUACGUUUUCAUUGCCGCUUUGUCGCUCAACUCGGUUUUGUUCAGCACCGCGAUCUACCCCAAACUCUUCGUGGACGUCUUGUCUCACCAGCAGACGGUUUCUCCCUCAGCUUGUAUGUUGCAAUAUUUCGUCUUUUAUACUUUAGGUGGUGCCGACUUCUACCUGUUGUCCGCCAUGGCUUACGACAGGUAUGUGUCCAUCUGCAAGCCUCUGCAAUAUGCCACCAGCAUGGGCACCACCAGCGUGGUCGUCUUCUUGGCUUUGGCCUGGUUCGUACCCGCUUGCCACUUGUUGGUGCCAACUGUCGUCUCCGCAAAGCAAAACACAUGCCACUCCACAUUAGCGGGAAUCUUCUGCAAUAACUCCAUCCAUAAACUUUUCUGUGUGACACCGAGGUUUCUCACCUUGUGGGGUUUGUUUGCUCUGACUAAUCUGACUCUCCUCCCUGUGCUCUUCAUCCUUUUCACGUACAUCAAGAUAUUGACAGUGGUCUAUCGCAGCUGCGGAGAGGUCAAGAAAAAAGCGGCAGACACGUGUUUACCCCACCUGAUGGUUUUAAUCAGUUUCUCGUGCUUGUGCGCUUUUGACGUCAUCAAAGCGCGACUGGAGGGCGAUCUUUCCAAAAGUGUGCGACUGAUUAUGAGUCUACAAUUCAUGGUGUACAAUCCUCUGUUCAAUCCCAUCAUAUACGGGGUGAAGAUGAAGCAAAUCUGGAAACACAUCAAGAGAUUCCUCAAAUCUAAGUGCAUGGUAGAGUCAUAG